AUGCUUCAGCAGUAUGACACACUGGCUGACCGUGAAAGGACUUUGAAGGAGCAAGAAGAGCUCGAUGAACAGGAGGUUCAAUCAAUUUUUGGCAAAAAAAAUAAUAUUAUUAAUGGAAAAGUACUGGAGGAAAUAAUUGUUGUUCUCCCUGACGAGCCACCUUUAAAGAAAACCAAAACUACUGAGUUUUCGGAUAACUCCAUAGCUAAGGAAAAAAAAUCAGGAUUUUCUUGGUCGUCUCCGGGAACGAGGUAA